AUGUCCUGCAUAUGCCUGUUGCAGUUUAUAUCCUUGAAAGAAUGGAGAAGAAUGGAGGAAAAGCGUGUCAGCGGCAUCAUGGGCUGGUUUCGUGAGCGUUUUGGCAAACAAAGGAACGGGCAGGACCAAAUCAACCCAUGUGAAAACCCUCCUCCUCCUCCUUCUCACCCAUCAGAUCUCUCCAUCUCCACCUCUAUCAGCUCCUCUUCCUCCUCUCAUCAGCAUCUGCCCUCAUUUCUCUCCUCAUCCCUCCGCUCAGCUCUUACAUACGACCUUUAUCUGUGUCACUCCGAGAAGGACAUGGUGCAGGCGCAGAUUUUGGCCUCUUUCCUGGAGCAGCCGGAUAAAAGUCUCCGCUGUUUCCUGCAGGAGCGCGACUGUGCGCUGGGCGGCGCUGUUUCCUCAGAACUGCUGCGGGCGCUGCGGGACAGCCACUGCUGGCUGCUGCUCAUAACUCCACACUUUCUGAAGGAUGAUUGGUGUUUGUAUCAGAUGCACCAGGUCCUGUCCGAGGGCCCGAUGUCUCAGAGGAUUAUCCCCGCCGUGCUGGACAUGCCCAGAUCUGAGCUCCCGCUGGAACUGCGCUUCCUCUUCUCUGUGGAUCUCAAUGUAAACAGAGAGUUCGGCUUCAAACAGGUGUACAGAACUGUACUACACUAUUUGAAGGACGUGUGUGAGAAGGAAAAGUCCAGCGGUGUGUCUCAGACGGACAGACGAGAGGAGAAUCCGCUAUAAGCAUUCAUUGUGUUCACUGCAAUGACUAUAUUCUUCACUUCCAGGAAGUGACAUGCAGACAAGGCAAUAGUGUGGUAUAUGUACCAUAUCUCCCUCCAGUGCUCUACUAAUCUCUAAAUAAA